UAACUGUGAGACCAGAGAGUGUGUAAGACAGGGCAGUAAAAAAAGGAAUGUGGAAAGUGCAAGAGCUCCUCUUACAACAGGCCAAGGAAGUAGCGUUAAUAAGCGUGAAUGGACCUAAGCCCAAAGGUCAAUGCAUCUCUGCACACACACACACACAGGCACUAACAUUGUAUUUGUAGAGCCAGCUGGCUACCUAAAUAUGAGUUUUACUGCUCCACCACCCUCCAGCCCACUCAGCUCUGGUCUAGAGGACAUGUCCCACCAGAGACCAACAUGUCACAACCCCAGCAUGCGCAGAGAGCAGGACUGCCAGGACUCCUUUCAUCCCUGGACGCUCUCCAUCAUAACUCCUGAUGAGCUUGCCAAGGCGGGCUUCUACUUCCUGGGCCAAGGCGACCGAGUGGCCUGCUUCAGCUGUGGAGGACAGUUGAGUAACUGGGAGCCAGGUGACAGAGCUUUAUGCGAGCACCAGAAGCAUUAUCCAAACUGUCGCUUUGUGCGGGGGGACAGAGCUGCCGUAUCUGCAUCUGGAGGAGUAAUUUCUCAACUGUCUUCAGCAGCCUCAACCUUCAGUAAUGUGUCCAACCCUGCUAUGCAGCAGAGUGAUGAGAGGCUGCUCACUUUUGUCAACUGGCCAUCUUGUAGCCCUGUCAGACCUGACCAGCAGGCUAAAGCGGGCUUCUACUAUGUAGGUCGUAACGAUGAUGUCAAGUGUUUCUGCUGCGAUGGAGGCCUGCGAUGCUGGGAGUCCGGAGAUGAUGCUUGGGUGGAACAUGCUAAAUGGUUUCCUCUGUGUGAAUAUUUGCUCCAGGAGAAGGGACAAGAGUUUGUUCACCAGAUCCAGGCUCACUUCCCUCGGCUGUUUGAACAGGUCAGCAGAGAGCAGCACAGAAAUAUGUUAGUGGUUCAAAUAUUCAAGGUUUUAGAUCAGUGCCGAGGACCAGAAAAGGGAGGAGGAGCGAGAGAUGCUGGCGCAGGCUAUGGCAUCAGAUGGUUUCACUUUUGUGAAGAGACACCAGGCAGCUUUGAUCCAGCGUCUGAAGAGUGUGGAGUCAGUGCUGGAGCAUUUAAGAGUGAAAAAAAUAUUAUACCUGCAGCUACCGAGGAGUAUAGCGGUCUGAAGGCUCAGACGUCACCUCAGCAGCAAACUGCCAGGCUGAUAGAGCUCGUCCUCAACAAGGGAAACGCUGCAGCCGAGGUCUUCCGCAGCUGGAUCCAGAAAAACGACGUACACUUGCUCAGAGAUCUCAUGGCCCAAUCAAACGAAGCCGCAUCACCAAGCGAAGAUCUUUCAGAAGUCCCCAUGGAGGAGCAGAUGUGGCGCCUGCAGGAGGAGCGUACCUGCAUGGUUUGUAUGGAUAAAGAAGUCAACAUCGUCUUCAUCCCAUGCGGACACCUCGUGGUGUGCAAAGAAUGUGCACCGUCACUGCGAAAGUGCCCAAUCUGCAGAGCCCUUGUUAAAGGCACGGUCCGAACCUUCCUCUCAUAACCAGGAGUGGCCUUUGUGUAGAAUGUAAGCAAUAUGACAUACAUUUAUAUUUAUUGGAAAGAGCCGGAAG